AUGGCCGAUCGUUUAAUACCGGUACCACUCAGUUCAGCGCCAACCGACCAGGCUAUCCGUGUGGUUAAAGCUUUUCAAGCAGGUUUGGAUCGUCGUGAACCAUCGCUUAGCGGUCCAAGCGCUGCACGUUUGCGUGAAAUAAGCCGACAAUUAAAAUUACAAGUGGAACAAGAAGGAAAAAAUAUUGUUUCACGAUCUGGUUCACGACAGUCAAAGCAAAUGGAAGCGAUAUCAUCGGUAUAG